CGACUCCCGUGCGGCCGGUCGCCCAGGGUGCCAAUGGGAGUUGUAGUUCUUUGUUGUUCGGAGGACUCAAUGGUUGCACGGGUGGGCGUGGGAGGCGAGGGCGCUUGGGUGCCUCCGCAGAAAGGACCGUAGGACCCCGCCGCCAUGUUUCCGGAGCCCCCAACCCCGGGGCCUCCAGCGUCCGACACGCCUCCGGACUCAAGUCGCAUCAGCCACGGCCCUGUGCCCCCCUGGGCCCUGGCCACAGUCGUGCUGGUCUCAGGCCUCCUGGUCUUCAGCUGCUGUUUCUGUCUGUACCGGAAGCGUUGUCGGAGGCGGAUGGGCAAGAAGAGCCAGGCCCAAGCCCAGGUCCACCUUCAGGAAGUGAAGGAGCUGGGCCGCAGUUACAUAAACAAGGUGCAACCGGAAGUGGAGGAGCUGGAGCCGGCACUAUCCGGGCCAGGGCAGCAGGUGGUGGAGAAGCACGAGCUGGGACGACUGCAGUACUCCCUGGAUUACGAUUUCCAGAGUGGCCAGCUGCUGGUGGGCAUCCUGCAAGCCGAGGGGUUGGCGGCCUUGGAUCUGGGCGGUUCUUCGGACCCCUACGUGCGGGUUUACCUGCUGCCAGACAAGCGGAGGCGGCAUGAGACCAAGGUGCACCGGCAGACGCUGAACCCACACUUUGGGGAGACCUUCGCCUUCAAGGUCCCCUACGUGGAGCUGGGAGGCAGGGUCCUGGUCAUGGCGGUGUACGACUUCGACCGCUUCUCCCGCAACGAUGCUAUCGGGGAGGUGCGGGUCCCCAUGAGCUCCGUGGACUUGGGGAGACCCGUGCUGGCCUGGCGGGAGCUGCAGGCAGCUCCGAAGGAGGAGCAGGAGAAGCUGGGGGAUAUCUGCUUCUCCCUCCGCUACGUCCCCACUGCCGGGAAGCUCACCGUCAUCGUGCUGGAGGCUAAAAACCUGAAGAAGAUGGACGUGGGAGGGCUGUCAGAUCCGUACGUCAAAGUUCACCUGCUGCAGGGCGGCAAGAAGAUGCGGAAAAAGAAGACGACCAUCAAGAAGAACACGCUGAACCCCUAUUACAACGAGGCCUUCAGCUUCGAGGUGCCCUGUGACCUGGUCCAGAAGGUGCAGGUGGAGCUGACCGUGCUGGACUACGACAAGCUGGGCAAGAACGAGGCCAUCGGGAGGGUGGCCGUGGGGGCAGCGGUCGGCGGGGCCGGCCUUCGGCAC